UUGGAAACGAGAGUAGAGUCACGGAAAACCCAUCAUGACAAACCACUCCUCUUUGGACAACACCAUGAGAUUCACUUCAUAUGGACCCUUUCGCCCAAUCAAUUACUUUUUUUUCACUCUCACUUUUCUUGUCUACAUUCUUUCAAUUUUUUGUAAUGUUCUUCUGAUGCUGCUUAUCUACUUUGAUUCCAGCCUGCACAAACCCAUGUACAUUUUUUUGUUUAACUUGGCAGUAAAUGGACUGAUAGGGGGCUUUGCCAUUUGGCCAAAAAUCAUGGAAAAUCUUCUUUCAGAGACUCAAAAUAUCUCUUUCCUAGCGUGUGUAGUUCAGCUAUUUUUGGCAUAUUUCUACAUGGGUACUGCUUAUACCACUUUCUCGGUCAUGGCCUACGACCGAUACGUCUCCAUUUGCAAGCCGUUGCAGUACCACAUCAUCAUGACUCCUGGAAAAGUGAAAACACUGCUGACUGCAGCCAACAUUGUCCCUCUCUCCUGUGGGUCUAUUAUGCCGUACCUCAUAUCCACAAUGCCGCUGUGCAGGUACACCAUUAAGAACCUGUUCUGUGAUGCCGUCACACUCCUUAACCUCUCCUGUGUGAAAAGUGAUGUGAUUAGUCUGAUUGGCAUAGGCAUGCUUGCAGGCUUAGUUGUUUCCCCUUGUAUUAUCAUCCUGCUCUCAUAUGCAGUGAUUCUCAAUGUGAGUCUGAAAGCCUCAAAAGAUGCACAAAAGAAAGCACUCAGCACAUGCUCUCCGCAUUUAAUCACCUUUGUUAAUUUUGCAAUGGGCAUUAUUUUCUUUGCAUUUUAUUAUAGAUACAAUUCAUCUUUUCCAGGAGAGAUUUCUAUAGUCAUUACUGUAGAUGUUUUUCUGAUUCCCCCUCUGUUGAAUCCAAUCAUAUAUGGGAUCAGAACAAAGGAGAUCAGGAAAUGCUUUGUAAAAACAGUGAGAAAAAAGGAGAGAUAUGUCAGGGUUUUAAAUUUUUUUACUGUGAAGGUCAGGGUGCAAUCAGCUCCAAUCAAUGUGCGUUUCAAUGACUACAUCAACUAGCAAACACCAUUUAUAUAUAAAUCACAGAUGCCAAGAUAAAGUUGGAGAAAAAAGCAUUGUAUUUGGUGAGAUGAAUAAAUAUUAAAUGAUUCAUACUGAUUCCAAGCCUGACAAUCUGCAACACCCUGCUAUUUGGCAGUGCAGCUUUGUCCAUAAAAGAGGAAAGUUCCCAAAAAAACAAGAUGAUCAGGCUUUGCAGAUGCCUCAGAAUGUACAGCCAGAGUUCUACCAGAUUCUAUGCUUUACAAAAUACAAUUUUCAUAUUACAGUGACCAAUGCAAAAAAAAAAAAAAAAAAAAAAAAAAAGAAAGAAAGAAGAGAAUUCAUGCUUAUGUUUAUGAUUUGUUCGUGAAACCAGCCCAACUCCCCCUUAUUGACUUAUUUUUCAAUGAUUAACCAGCAGUCAUAAUAUAAAUUUGGUAAUGUCUCAUUCUAAAAGCAAGGAAGUGGAUUUUUAAAUUCAUCUGAUGAAGCAUAAACUCUCUAUAAUGCCAGCCAUUAAUGACAGAAAAUAUUUUGGUGUCAUUGUGCAGUAUUAAUGAAGUCUGAAGUAUAAUGUGUGCAACUCUAACAGAAGAAAGUAGUUGAUGUGCAUGCAUUUAGCAAGGGAAUUACUAUUCUAUUGUAAAUUUAACAAAUGUUCAAAAUUUCUGUGUUUGAGCAGUAAUAAUACACACUUCAUGGUAAAUGGACUGCAUUUAUAUAGCGCUUUUAUCCAAAGCGCUUUACAAUUGAUGCCUCU